UUUUUCCUUUCUUGCAGUCCAGACUCUUCCAUAAUCUUCCACCAGAGACCACGCUUGCUAUUGCUAACCCCGUUUGCCUGAUCCGUUCCGUCUACAUUGCAGAUAGGUCUGUGGCGGCGACCAUAGCGUUCUGCACCUGAAGGUGGGAAAAGUUACCAGUUGACAUGACGCGCGUACCAGCACGGGCGCUAUCACUCGUCACGUUAUUAUGUGGACAGGUGCGAUUGACUCAGCUGUUAAUGCUGUUUUUAGUGCGUUGCACAGAUGCAAUGGUUAUGCCAGGACUGUGUCCCACCGAAAUUAAGACCGUCGACGAUUUCGAUCACGAUAGGUUUAUGGGAACGUGGUAUGAGGUGCAGCGUACCCCAUUUCUCAUGGAAACAAUGAUUCGCUGUAACAAGUUCCACUAUCAGGAUAAAGGCGACAGUGAAGAAGGCAUCAUUGUUUACAUGAAGGGCAAUCGGCAAUCUGUAUCUGCGAUGCUUUCAUCAACAAGGUAA